CGCUGAAUGUAGGUCACACGCCACCUAACGACACCACAGUAGAACUGCUGACACGGGGAGUCUCACUUCCUUCCUCGGACGGGACAGCACAGGUCUCGUCUUCCCUGUUAAAGGCGAGGUUUGGAACCGUUGUCAUGUGCUGAGUGAACAUAAUGAGAACCGCUGUGUUGUGAGCUCCUACUACUUCGCACAGUUGCAGCGAGGAUGGCCGGAGUCAGGACAGAGGUUCUACACAGAGUCACCGCCGCCUGCGUCCUGACGCUGUGGUUCAGCUGUUCACACGUGAUCGCGCUCAAAUCACAACUUUUCACCAGGCUCGGCGUUUCACCUUCUUCCACUGAGACCCCCAUCAACUAUCAAACACUUUACUUUAACCAGAAGAUUGAUCAUUUUGGAUUCCUGGAGGAUGGCACGUUCAAACACAGAUACCUUGUGGCCGACGAGCACUGGAAACAGCCCGGCGGACCCAUUUUGUUCUACACCGGCAAUGAGGGCGACAUCACCUGGUUCUGCAACAACACAGGCUUCAUGUGGGAGAUUGCGGAGGAGUUGGGCGCCAUGCUGGUUUUUGCAGAGCAUCGUUACUAUGGAGAGUCGCUGCCAUUUGGACAAGACUCUUACAGCGACAGCAAACACUUGAACUUCCUGACCUCAGAACAGGCCCUGGCAGAUUUCGCAGUGCUGAUUGAAAACCUGAAGAGCUCUUUACCUGGAGCUCAGCACAGCCCUGUCAUCGCUCUCGGAGGUUCCUAUGGAGGGAUGCUCUCCGCCUGGUUCCGGAUGAAAUACCCCAAUGUUGUUGUUGGAGCUCUGGCUUCCUCUGCUCCAAUAUGGCAGUUCCCUGGUAUGGUGCCAUGUGGAGACUUCUACAGAGUCGUCACUCAGGACUUUGCCAGAAGUGGCUACAACUGUGAUGCCAGCAUCAGGAAGUCAUGGAAGGCCAUUAAUAACAUUUCUUCUACUGCCUCUGGUCUUCAGUGGCUGUCAGAAGAGUUCAGUUUAUGUUCUCCACUCAAAAGCAAGAGCGACGCUCUCGGCUUCAAGAACUGGCUCCAGGAGACGUGGGUGAACCUGGCGAUGGUGGACUAUCCCUACGAAGCUAAUUUCCUCCAGCCGCUGCCUCGCUGGCCGAUCCAGGUGGUGUGCAAGUAUCUCGGUUUUGACUCCACCGUGUCCGACGACCAGCUGCUGCACGGUGUCGCCCAAGCAGCAAAGGUCUACUAUAACUACACUGGCAGCUCUCCCUGCCUGAACACUUCUCAGACAGCCACUGGCAGCCUGGGCUUCCUCGGCUGGACUUACCAGGCCUGCACAGAGAUGGUGAUGCCCAUGUGCACAGAUGGCGUCCAGGACAUGUUUGAGCCCGAGGAGUGGAACUUCCAGGCCUUCUCCGAUGAGUGCAAUGCAAUGUUUGGCGUCAGGCCGCGAGCCGACUGGGCAGGCGUCGUCUACGGAGGGAAGAACCUCGCCUCCCACAGCAACAUCAUCUUCAGUAACGGAGGACUCGAUCCGUGGUCGGCAGGUGGAGUGACUUUCAACAUAACAGAUUCCCUGGUUUCUGUCGUGAUUCCUGAAGGAGCUCAUCACCUGGACCUGCGCUACAGCAAUGACUCCGACCCCCCCUCUGUCCGCGCGGCCCGAGCGUUAGUGGUGAAGUAUUUCCGGGAGUGGAUCAAGCAGGGGUAACGACGCACCUCAAACAGCACAAUCACGCUAGCGUGUCUUGAGAAGCCGUGGUUUUAAUUUGAUUGACAUGGUGUUUCCCAGGGAGCUCAGUCCAUCAUAAGAGCCAACGUUUCUACCUUUUUUUUAAUCAGUGUUGAUCCUUUUAACAUGAAAAUCAUUCAUUUGUAUAUAAAAUUUGACAAAUCUUGAUUUAUUUUUUUGAAACACUUUAGUCAUGUUCCCUGCUGGAGUAUCGGUUUACACUUAGUUGACAAACUAUGCAUUUAAAUCAGUUGAACGAUGGAAAGGUACAGUGUUAUGGCCACUGGUCACUGCCAUGUUUUACUAAUCUAAGGCACAGUGCUUUAUAUGACAAACUACAUAUAAGUACCUCAUACAUCCCCAUUUUAAAAAUCCUGAAAAGCAUUUCUCACUUCAAGCUCGUCUUUUGUUCUCGUUACGUCAUUAUUCCUUGUUUAUCUUCUCGCAUGCUUCUUAAAACGUCUCACAUCUGUCUCAGGAGAAAAGGCUGACACCAAAUGCUGAAUCAAGAAUAUUGUUUUUGUUUUUGAAGACUUUUCACAGAAGUUCUUAAUCUUCUAUGUUUGUGUUAAACAGACAUUCUUUUUAUUUUUUUUUAAAAAAAGGCUGUCACACUUCCACCAGUGAAACUGAUUAAAAGCUACAAAUCACACUGUCA